CUCUCUACUGCUGACAUCAGCGCAGUGAGUCUAAGACCAGUGUAAUGUGCUCACUGCUCGUGGAGGAGCUUCUAAUGAUAGACUGACCUAUCUGCGGUCGGAUAAACGGGACAGUAGACGGGACCAGAGCACAAUGAGCACCAUGUUUGCAGACACUAUCCUUAUCGUGUUUAUCUCCGUUUGCACAGCGCUGUUGGCCGAAGGAAUUACCUGGGUUUUAGUGUAUCGCACUGAAAAGUACAAGAGGCUAAAGGCUGAAGUGGAAAAACAGAGCAAAAAACUUGAGAAGAAAAAGGAAACCAUCACAGAAUCCGCAGGACGUCAGCAGAAGAAGAAAAUUGAAAGACAAGAAGAGAAACUGAAGAACAACAACAGAGACUUGUCUAUGGUGCGCAUGAAGUCCAUGUUCGCCAUCGGCUUCUGCUUCACAGCUUUGAUGGGCAUGUUCAACUCCAUCUUCGACGGAAGAGUAGUGGCCAAGUUGCCGUUCGUGCCGCUCUCCUACAUCCAGGGACUGUCUCAUCGCAACCUACUGGGCGAGGAUUACACAGACUGCUCCUUCAUCUUCCUCUACAUCCUGUGCACCAUGUCCAUCAGACAGAACAUUCAGAAGAUGCUCGGUCUCGCGCCCUCCAGAGCUGCAACCAAACAGGCUGGAGGCUUCCUGGGACCUCCUCCCCAAGCAGCCAAGUUUUCCUGAUCACCAGGCCGGUUCAACGGCCUCCGUUCCCGCACUGCGACUGUGUGCAGCCGCGGCUCCGUCCCCAGAGCACAGACCGAACGGAUUCUGCGGUGCUGGAUGGAGCAAAGGCAUAUCUGCCGCUGCGUCACUAACUUCGGUCGGAUUUCUCAUUCAUGUUUUGUUUAUUUAACUUCAAGAUCGUCUCGCUUAGAAAUUAAAAGAAGAAAAUGAGUCCGUGAUUAAGUUAAUUAUCAAAGGAUACAGAUGAUACCUUGUGUUCAGCACAGGCCAUACAUUGUUUUGAGAUUUCAAUGAUUAAUUGGCACAGUAACAUCUGAUCUGUUUGUCAGUAUUAUUGUAUGUCAUUGUCUGUAUCCUUAUUUCUUACUUAUUAAUAAAGUUUUAUGAUAACUCU